CGCAAACAUAAUAGCGUGUAACUUACUUGGUGCAGUGCUCAUUCUCGACUCUGAACAAUUGCCACAUGCCACGUCGAAGGACUUCGGUGAACGCGACCAUGAAAGCGACAAUCGUGGCAUGUUGGACAUCGUGUCCAAAUAUGGCAUAGAAGAUCCAGUUGAAACGAAGGAUAGGAUCAAUCACAAUGGCGGCGUAGUACCACCAGGCAUACUUGAAGCCAAGAGUGUUUCGCAAAAACGGAUGCUUUGCAUAUGGAUCCAUCAAACUCCAGUCCAUGACAAUGUCCCAGACACUGCAGUAAAUGCCGUUGAUAGUUGCCCAGAAGAUGAACAGCGCUCUCAGCUUUUCGCUUUUGUUGUGACGCCACAAACUUAAACUCAUGUAGUAAAGAAUUGUGCACAAGUACUUUCCAAAAUUGGCCAUAUGAGGGAAAAGACUUCUCGUAUCGGCAUAUCUGCGAAGAC